AUGKCCAGGCAACGCCAAAGCCUAACCGGGGCUGCAUUGAAGGCAAUUCGUGGUCUCGGGGUCUCCCAACCUGAAUAUGAUGAGGCUAAAGUUAUUCUGAAGUCAAAAUUCGGAGGACAACGUCGCCAGCUUCGUGCCUAUCUAGAUGAUCUAGAGAAAAWGCAACCACUUCGUGCUUUCGACGUCAAGGGAUUUGAAAGGUUUGCUGAUCUUGUACGAGUUACCGUUGUCAAGCUGCAGGCUGAAAGCCGUGAASGAGAACUUGGAGACGGAACACUUCAUAGCAUGCUUGCAAAGAAACUGACAGACCGACAACUGGAAUCCUACACCAGAUGGACGACUGAACAUGUCCAACAAACUUCUGUAUUAAGCCUCAAUGAGUGGCUAAAGGAGGAAGUCACAAUAAAAGUCGAGGCCGCAGAAAUGGCUCACGGUCUUGGAACAAAAGCCACAGAUUCCAACUUCUCUUCAAAGAAUCGAACUGAUAAAAGUAAACCAAGAUCUUUCUGCAAUGCAGGACCUCAACAAAGACCUAAGUAMACCAUUGAGAAAUCCAAGCUUCCUUGUACCUUCUGUCAAGCUGCUAACCAUGGCAUAUGGAAUUGUAAAGCAUUCCAGCAAAAGUCAAUUGAWGAUCGUUGGAAUCUUGCAAAAGAGAAGAAACUAUGUUUCAGAUGUCUCGGCGGAGAUCAUCAUGGCAAAGACUGCCGGAGGUCCCAACAGUGUAACAUUGACGGCUGUCAAAAGAUUCAUCAUCGUUUGCUUCAUCGCUCGGGUGCCCCAAGCUCGUCAUCGGAUGUUAUGCCUACAGGCCCGGGAAGUUUCGCACAAUUCGCUCAAGCAUCGCCAUGGCAACCGCAACCUUGGCAACAACAAGGUCAUUUCUCCAAACUUCCCCACGGGAGGGGGUACAAUCAAACAAUACCGUUACCAUGA